CGGACAUGCAAAAUCAGAAAAAAAAAGACGUGAUGAAAUGAAAAACCGUCUCGAAGAUCUCCGUGAGCUUCUCUCCUCUACGCCCUAUGCAAGUGGCAACGCGCCUAAAGUAGAAUUACUGCAAAAUG